AUGAACUUCAGUCGUUCUCAUCAAGUGGACAUACACACACCUAAGGAACAUAGUAAUGCUGACUUUGAACAGCUUGAAAAGGACGUACCCGUUGCAUUUUCAAAGAUUCAAGACAAGGCGUCCCAAGAACGACCAUGUUGUAAUCAAAAAGUCUGGGCCAUUCUUCUGAUUAUCACGGGUGCCUUAACAAUUGUCAGUGGUAUUCUAUACGGUACUGCCUUACCUGCAUAUGUCAAUUCAGCCGUGAAGAACCAAGUCGUUCGCUGCUCUGACAAGGAAGUAUCCGAGGAAGUCUAUCUAGACCCGUACGGAGAUUGUGAUGACUGUUCGCCUUACUAUUUGUCCGUGUACAUGCUUAAUGCCACCAACGCCGAGGAUUAUCUUGCUAUAAAUGCCAAACUGCAAGUGCAGGAGAUGGGGCCGUACGUAUAUCGUCGCCGUGAGAUGAAGCUGGACGUGUCACUGUCCAAUGACGCCUCCACUGUUACCUACAAGACCUACACAUACCACACGUUCGAGGCUGAAAAGAGCUGCGAUGGAUGUUCUGCCUCGGACGAGAUUGUGAGUUUCGACACUGGAUACUUCAGUGUCAUAGCUGCAACCGGCGGUGAGUUCAACUUGUUGGCAUCGGUGGCGGCGCAAUCUUUUGCCGCUGGGCAAAACACGACAGAGAUCACCGCAACCGUUGCUGAGCAUGGUAAGCAGAUGAUGCGCUGGCUGAACGGCCUUAACUCGCUGGACCCGGUAGCCAUGAAGACAGUGACCAACGGCAGCACCGUGUUGAACUUCUUGACCUCUGGCCCGACAGCCAUCGCCAACUUGGACCUCUCUGGUUUCGCAUACAAUGGCCUCUUUGUCAAGCGAACGGCAUCGCAGUGGGCACUAGGCUACCCGAGUCUGAUGGCUGGUAUUAUCCUAGGUGCCAACUACGUCGGGACGUGCAAACCCAGCAUGAACGCGGAGUGCGCGUCCUGCAGUGGUGACGACUGCCGGGCUAUCACAGCGGCUUGCUCUCAGUGCAGCAAAGGUGCGGCUGUAGUGGCAACCAACAACAUUACCUGUGCCAUCGUCGAAUCCAUUUACGCUGCUGAGUACGGCGCCGCCGAAGCAGCCAACUUUGCCGCGACCACUUGCGGCCUAUGUGAGAGUCUAGGUCUAUGCGCUGCACCUCUUCCCGGCAUCGCCGAGAGCUCUGGCAUGGACUACUCGAAAACUGCACCUGACGCAUCAAUCCUCAGUGACUACGUCAAGCGCACGGGAUGUGACGACCUGACCAAGAUCGGAACGUACGUGGAGUACAACGGCAUUACUGUCGCGCCUGUGUGGGUGAACCUAGGCGAGCGUCGUAACCCGACGCUAGAUGAGAUCAAUGCGUUUUCGAGCUAUGCCAACUGCGACUCACCUGUUGCAAACAUCACAUGCUUCACUGUGUCGGGUACAGACAGCACGGGACUCAAACCCGGUGGGGUGACGAUCAACGGAAUGGCUAAGCAUACCACAGCCGACUCGUUCGACUCGUACAUAGGUCCUGCCAAGAUCUACAUCACAGUUUCCAGUACAAACACGAAAGUAGACUUCGAUGGGGUCUCUCUGCACCGCUUUGGCACGCCGGUCGACACUUUUGACUAUACUGACAGUAACGCUGACAUUGGUACGGGCAUUCCAGUCAACGGAUUGCACCAACUCAGCUUCGUCACGGGUUUCCUAUCGUACAUGUCCGGUCCGUUCUUCAUCUACGGCGAUUCGUCACUGCUAGAGGCCGUGCAGAUGACGAACACUAAUGGCAUCGUGAUGACGGCGGACAGCAUGUACGACACCGAAGGCAACCUCCUUGAGAGCUUCCACAGCGCGUACGGUACCUUCGUCGACAUUGAGUCAGGCACGGGUCAGACCAUGCGCGCUCGCAAACGCUCGCAGAUCUCGUAUGCGCUGGCAGCCUCCAUGUCUGUACCCAACGCGUCCAUGAGUGACGUGCUGUGGCCCAAGCUGCCAACGGAUGUGGUGCUGCCUACGUAUUGGGUGCAGGAAGCUGGCGAGGCCAAAGAAAGUGUGCUUGACACAUUCAAAAACACGCUCACUCUCGUCAAAACGUUUCUGGUGGGCCUCAUCGUGCUUAUCAUUGUCGGUGUCCUGGAGAUAAGUGGAGGCGUCUUGCUCUGGCGUCGGUACAAGCAGAAGCUGGAGACGUAG